AUGAAUGUAACUAAAGAGAUUCAGCGAAUAAACUCUCGAGAAAUAGAAAGAAACAUUUCUGUUUCCGGUUCUUGGCACGCUCAAUAUAGAGAUUCUCCUUAUAUCUUUGUGGGAAAUAUACCUUUUGAUUUGACAGAAGGCGACAUUAUUACCAUUUUUUCUCAAUAUGGUGAAAUACUCGAUAUUCAAUUAGUUCGAAACAGAGAAACUGGUGAAUCUAAAGGCUUUGGUUUUUUAAGAUAUGAAGAUCAAAGAAGUACAAUUUUAGCAGUUGAUAAUUUAAAUAAUUUUACGCUUUUAGGUCGUACCCUACGAGUUGAUCACGCAAGUGCUGAAACGAAAGAUGGAGAAAAAAGAACAGGAAUGAAUGCCGCUCCUCCUUUAUUGCAAAGAGAUAAUGAUGAAUCUGGAUCGGAUAGCGAAGACUCUGAUGAUAUAGAGAGCAAAGUGGAUCCGGAUGAUCCGAUGAGAGAGGAAAGAUCACGAUCAUGGUCUAGAGAAAGAAAUGUUACAAAGGAAAGAUCACGAUCAUGGUCUAGAGAAAGAAAUGUUACAAGGGAAAGAUCACGAUCUUGGUCUAGAUUUAAUAGUAGAGAUGACGUUCGUGGACGUGAAAAGAGGCGCGUCGAAAAUUAUACUCGGGAAAGAUCACGUUCGCGUUCACGUUCACGAGGACGUGAUUAUGACCGUAAUAGGCAUGUUGAAAGUGUAACUCGGUAUAAAUCACGUUCACGUUCACGAGGGCGUGAUUAUGACCGUAAUAGGCGUGUUGAAAGUGUAACUCGGUAUAAAUCCCGUUCGCGUUCGCGUUCUAGGUCCAGAAAUCAUGGUCGUGGUUCUGAACGGAACUAUCGAUAA